UCAGAAGAUGAUGAUCCUGACUUUGAGCCGGAUCUUCCCGAGGAGGAGGUUCUGCCGUUUCCCAUCGUCCGCAAGAAGAGCUCAGCUGGACGAGUUUCCAAGCCCCCAAAAUAUCUGCAGCCGAAUGGCGUUAUUUUUCUUCUAUUGACCGCCCCAAAGCUCAUUGGAACUUACUGUUGUUCUUCUUUUUUCUGUGGUUGUUUUCCGAAUUACUUAAAGAAAGUCGCUCGGUCGUAUGACUGCACAGCCUGCGAGAAGUCAUUCAGUUCCCGCGCUGGAUUGGCACGACACAAAAGUCUGAAACACAAUCCCAAUGGCAUUAAGCAGGCCGGACCUUGGAGUAAUCCCUACUUUGCUGCCGUUCGACGCCGUAAAAAACUCAAGGAGGUGAGUGGCUCACGUGCUAAGACAUGUUCGGUCAGUCAUGGUAUGGUCAGUUUCAAUCUAUAUCUUACUUUCUAUUCUGUCCUGUUUGCGGAGUCGGCGCCCUCUGUGCUUUAA